AUGGGGAAUGCCAAAAGCAGCGCUAUGUCCAAGGAGAUCCUGGAGGAUCUCAAACUCAAUACCAAAUUCUCAGAGGAUGAACUGGCACAGUGGUACGAGAACUUCCAGAAGCAGUGUCCGUCUGGCCGUAUCUCACCAAACGAGUUUAAAAAGAUCUACGAACGCUUUUUCCCAGACAGUGAUGCCGCAGCAUACGCCCAGCACGUCUUCCGCUCCUUUGACACGAAUGAUGAUGGAACGUUGGAUUUCAAGGAAUACAUUAUUGCUCUACACAUGACAUCAACUGGAAAGACGGAGCGAAAGCUGGAGUGGGCCUUUUCACUUUUUGAUGUCGACAAGAACGGCUACAUCACCAAGUCAGAAGUGGCAGAAAUCUGUCAGUCUAUCUUUAAGCUGAUCCCCAAAGAAGAGCAGGGAAAUCUUCCAGCAGACGAGAACACUCCCGAGAAGAGAGCAGACAAACUGUGGUCGUACUUCAAUAAAAAAGAUAAUGAGCGAUUGGCCGAGGGUGAGUUUAUUCAAGGCGUUCUUGACAAUGAAAAUGCAAUCCAUCUUAUUCAAUAUGAGCCCAAAAAGAUUAAAAAUGAGAAAAGGAAAAAGCAGGAAUUCGAAGGAUUACGUUUGAAGUUACGUGAUGAAAUUAUUAGUUAAGCUCUUGCAUUAAGUCUAACUUUACUUGUAAUCCUCUAAUAAUCUGUUUUAAUCUGUUUGGGCUUUGUAGGUGUGCAUGUUUCUUUUUUUAACUCUUUUAAGGAUACCUAUAUAUAUAUAUUUUUUUUUUACAUAAAAUAUGGAGUUUUAUAAAGAUUUGAUUUUAAAAGAAAUGUCAAAAAAUACAGCUGAAUAUCUGAAUAAACACAUACAUUACAUCAGCAAAAUUCAUUUUCAAGGGU